CCUUGGCAAACAAGAUGGCCGACAAUAGCUAAACAAGCGCGGAAAGGUAACAAAGAUAUGGCGAAUAUGGUUGCAAGUUUAAUUCAUACGAUCACCUCCCAUGGUUCAGAUAUAAACUGUGUAGCCUUUACCCACGACAAACUUGCCACAUGUUCCGGAGACAAGACUGUCCGGAUAUGGAGCACGGAAGACUUUACGGAGCUUCCGUCGUCACCUCUGCUAGGACAUGCCUAUUAUGUUAACUGUUGUGUGUUUUCACCGUUUGGAAACACCUUGGCUUCGUGUUCUACAGACGGGAAGUUGAUACUGUGGGAUGUUAAGACAGGGGAUCAAGUUGGGGUCAUCCAACAUCCAAGUAAAAACGGAAUCCGUGUGUGUCACUUCUCUCCCGAUUCUUCUCAGAUAGUGUCCGGAGGAGAUGACAAUACCUUGUGCCUUUGGGAAGUUUCUUCUCGCAAACUCCUCAAAUGUUUCUCCGGUCAUGACGAGAUGGUCGCAGCUUGUGCCUUUACUCCAGACAGCUACUUUGUCGUGUCGGGGAGCACAGAUGGACAUCUGCGUGUGUGGGAUGCCAAAUUUGGACACGGGCGUGAGCUGGCGUACGAACUAGAUGGCCACGAUCUUGGUGUGACCUGCUGUGAAUUCUCCCCCAAAUAUGGAUCAGCUGGGAAGGCAUCUUCUCAUGUGGCUAACUUCCUGCUGGCCACAGGCGGCAAGGACAAUAUGGUCAAGCUGUGGGAGUUCACAGGCCAGAUCGGGUCACCGGUGGUGCUGCUGAAACUGAGAGACACGCUACCAGGCCACACAGACACAGUCCUUGCCAUUGCCUUCUCCCCAAACGGGGACAUCUUGGCUUCAGGGUCCAUUGACAGAACCAUACGUCUCUGGAAUCCACUACAAGGAACUUCCAUGUUUACAAUUGAUGGACAUGCAAGAUAUGUGACGAGCUGUGCCUUUUCAUUUGAUGGCAAGAUGUUGGCGUCGGGGUCCAACGACAAGACAGUGAUGGUGUGGAAACUGACCGACACCUCUAGCAUUAUGGCUGGUCUUUCUGGAUUUGAAGAACCAGUGAAACAGACACAGCCGUCGACGGCAUCAAACUUUGUACCCAUGGAAAAGUGGGGCGUGGAGGAGGUGUGUGCCUGGAUUACCUCCCUUGGAUUGCAGCAGUACCAGGAAGUGUUCAGGCAACAGGCAAUAGACGGAACAGAGUUACUUGCCCUUACUGCCAAAGAUCUGGAAGAGUCAAUGGGAGUUGCCGCCCUCGGUCACAGGAACAAGAUUCUGAGAAGUCGAACUCAUGUACAAGAGCGUCCUAUAGGCCAGACAGUAGAAAAUGACGCUGGAGUACCUGAUGAGUACCUGUGUCCCAUCACAAGGGAGAUAAUGCACGACCCUGUUAUUGCUGCAGAUGGCUACACAUACGACAAAUCUGCAAUCAAAUCAUGGAUUGAGAGUGGCAAGGAUCGGAGCCCAAUGACCAACUCUCUGCUACCUAGCAAUAACCUGACACCGAACAGAACUCUGAAGAUGCUGAUCCAGCGCUUUGUGAAUGGUCACAGCCAAGGUUGACCACAGGUCAUUUCAAUAUCUUCUAUUCUGUCCAAAAUAGUUUUGUGAAUAAUCCAAAUUUUUAUUUGUUGAUCUGAUAGUUAAUGAAGCCAGUGUCUCCAUUCAUCAUGAUAUAUUUUAAGUACAUGUUUACCAUAGCAACGUAGGUGUUGUCUGUGUUGUGUGUUGCUGUGUUCAUAAACCAUAGUUUAUUGCUGCAAGAAAUUAUACAGAUCUUCAUUCUGUCUGGGUUCUAGGUAGUUAUAUGUCCACACUUCUCAGUGUCAUAGCAAUGCAUAUUCAGAAAAUAAUUACAAUUUCCGUUUAAUAUGUCCAUUGUUGUGUAUAAAGAUACUUUUCUGAUGUAUAUAUUUUCGCUAGGUUCAUGUUGUUGUUUGAAGGGCAAAUAUUUAUGUUACUGUGCACUUAAAUAUUAUUGAUUUGUUGAAUUUAAAGUUUGUUUCAGCCAUUAGAGGGGUGGUGGGGUAGCCUAGUGGUUAAAGCUCUUGCUCGUCAUACCGAAGGCCCGGGUUUGAUUCCCCACAUAGGUACAAUAUGUGAAGCCCAUUUCUGGUUUCCCCGUUGUAAUAUAGCUGGAAUAUUGCAGAAAGCGGCGUAAAACUAAACUCAAUUCAGCCAUUUGACCGUACAUAGGUUUUCUGGGUGUCCCAUCCCGUCAGUGUUAAAUGUUCAUAUCGAAGUGAUAUUGUAAUUUUACUGUAUAUUUCCCCAGUUCUGUGAAACAUUAUGUAUUAUUGUGAUAAAAAAUACCACUAUGCUAGUGUGCACUCAUUAAAACAAGUCACCUUGAUCUUUCAUGAAAUAUGUUUAUUAAAAAUGUGCUUCCAAAGCGGAGUGACUCGAUGUUCAUCAUAAACUAAUUUAAGAUUGAUACCAUUUUUUAUUUUAACAUUAAAAGUUCCUUAAAUAAUUUACACAAUUAGUUAUAAGCAGUUUUUUUCCAUUUUUGUUUGCUUGUCCUUUCUAGAGUUUGUCGAGGUUAGAGAUGAAAAACAUAUAAAAUAAUAUUGUCUCUUGAUGGUUGUGUAUCUCAGUGGAUGGUGCACUAAGAAUUAUCCAUGUUUUUCUCUACUCGUAACCAUGAUAGAUUUAAGUAAUAGCUUGUCCUGUGUCCACCUGUUUCAGCACCUAUGAUAACUUCUUAGUAGUAAGUUAUAAAAUACAUCCCUAUCCAAUAAAUCUAAAUAGGCAUUUCAGCAGUUUUUGGUAUAAGAUGUUGUUAAUACUGUAUGAAAUUGUUUAAAUUUCCAAAUUGGAUUAUUAAAAAUAAACAAUAACACCAAUGGUCUUACCAUUCUUCAAAAAUAUGUUGAAGAGAAUUACAUUUUGACAACAGUCUUCCAUAUGUUAUUUCAGUAAGUUACAAAAACUAGAUUUAUACCGAAAGUCAAGGUUUUAUCUGUUUAAUUUCCAUUUCAUUUUUGCCUAAGAAAAAUAUAUUUUUAAGAAGUAAUAUAUGUUGACAAUAUUCCUACAUAACAGAUGAAUGAAACCGUUAUUGACACUGUGCUGUUUCAUACUGUUGUCUCCUCUUUUUCUGAAGUCAGUUCACAGUUGGUUCUCUGUCAAUGACUUACAAACGUUCUGCUGUAAAUGGACAGGUUUCUCCAUAGCUUAAGUGUGUGUGUAAGUUACCUUAAUGACUUUCAAUACUAUAUGUAAGAAAAUGAUGAAAUGCUCUCUUGCAGGGCUGUUAAGCUGGACAAGUGUUGCCAGGGAACCUGUGAUAUAUAUUUUUGACUGUUGCUCAAGUCAUUUCAGUGUAAAAACUACUUUAUUCCAUUUAUGUUAAUAAGAGAAGAGUUAUAAUGGCUGUUUUCAGUGAUAUUGUGUUUUGUUGUAAUUCUGUGAUUGCUUAAUAUUUGAAUUUAAGUGUGUUAUAGUUAAAUUAUUCAUUAAAGUUACAGUUUUUAAUUGUGUUGAACUGUUGGUCAUGGUUAUGGUUUCUUUUUUGUAUGCUUGUUUCUCAUUCUGAAAGAUAAAACAUGUGAUUUCCAUUAUGUGUUUAAGGAUGUCUGUUUGGUUAUAUUAGAAGCAUUAACUAUUAGUCUUUAUCUUUUCUUUGUCUUAUUUCAUUAUUAGUCGAUAUGUUUCACAGACUGUGUUUUUAUUAUCAUUUGUCAGCACAUUAUGGUGCUUAUGAGCACAUUGUGAUGCUUAUGAGCACAUUGUGAUGCUUAUGAGCACAUUGUGAUCCUGUAAGCACAUACUUGUUGGCACAGUGUGAGGCUUUUUGGCAUGUGCUUGAGAGCACCUUGUUCUUUUGAGCACAUAUUGAUGCUUGUCAGCACUUUUUUAAUGCUUUUUUGCCUGUCAGUACCUUGUGGUCCUUGUGAACACAUGGACCUUGUCAGCACUUUGUACUCCCUGCAACACAUUAUGAACCUUGUAAGCACAUUGUGCUCCCCACAACACAUUAUGAACCUUGUGAUCACAUAUGUCAGCACCUUCUGAUUCUUGUCAUCACAUUGUGCUCCCCACAACACAUCAUGAACCUUGUCAGCACAUUGUGCUCCCCACAACACAUUUUGAUUCUUUUCAGCACAUUGUGAUUCUCCUUGUGAGCCUACUGUGCUCCAUCUUCAAAUCAUUAUGAUCAUUUGUCAGUACAGCACCCAUACCCUGCUCAUGGGUUCACUAAAAGUGGAAACCAUCUUGCCUUGUUUCACACUGGGCUUUUCUGUCAUGCUGAACUGACCAUGCACACAACUCAAAUUCUGUUCAACCUAGUUUGAACUCAACUAAUCAAAAAAGAGAGAGACAAGUUUAGUCAUACUCUUAACUCAUCAUUUGUUCAUAUGUUUUUACAAAUAUACAUGAAAAUGACUUCUAUGAAAUUAUUUGUAGAUUGUUGUAUCAUGACAAUUCAGAGGCUUGAUAAAUUUACAUUUUCCUCCAUUUCAAAAUAUUGUUUUUUAGUUGUUGUAGCUCAGUGUAAAUAGUGGAAUGAUAAUAUGUUCCUAGCAUUGCAUUCUGCAUUGAGAUGUUUUAUUGACCAAUAGUGAACUUAAGAAAUUGCAUACAUUCACUUGUUGCAUUUGCCAAACAUGUCAUAGAGUUGGAAUGAAUUUAGUUUGUUUGUACCUGCUUAUCUUUAUGACUAAUUGACGAUUUCCAACCAAAAACGAUUGUGUGAACAUGCACCAAGACAUAAUAGUUCAGCAGGAAAAUGAUGCACACAGUAACAGACAUCCUGAAGACCACUUCUGUGGUGUGGUGGAUGGUAGUGUCUGCUCAGAGGACAGAAGGUCAUGGUUUUGAUCCAUGGCUGCGUCAUACCGAAAUAUGGUAUUCCUUGUUACCCAGCCUGGUGCUUGGCAUUAAGGGGACAAAAUAAGGACAAGUUGUCUUGGAUGACAGUACGCUAUGUCGUAUGGGAGUGGGAUAAACCCCUGAAGAUCAGGGUUAGAAUUGAUCUUCAGCAACCCCUGCUUGUCGUAAGAGGCGACUAACAGGAUCGGAUGGUCAGGCUCGCUGACUUGAUUGACACAUGUCAUUGUAUCCCAAUUGCUCAGAUCGAUGUUUAUGCUGUUGAUCACUGGUCUAGACUCGAUUAUUUACAAAUCGCCGCCAUAUAGCUGCAAAAUGCUGAGUGCAGAGUAAAAGUAAACUCUCUCAUUCACUCUGGUUGGGAUAUCUUUGUUCAUAUGAGGCGAAGUGUCUCAGUAGGCUUGCGCUGUAAAUCCAGUGGUCGACAUAAUGAGCACAAGCAGCUAAACCACAUCGCUUUAAUAUGUCUUCAACAUAAAAUUAAAACCCACUUCACCUCAUCAUAUUUCACAUCCUUAAUGUUUAUAAUAAUUCACAAGAACCUGUUCCUAGAUAGAGGUGUCCACUGUCAGCUUGAAUGUAAACUUUUAAAGUAAUCUGUUGUAUACCCAUGGAAUCCAGUGAUCCUAUGAUGUUGGGUAACAAAGGACCACCUUUAAAUGACGUGAGUAGAAGUGUAUAAUCAUCUUGCAAAAAUUAAUGCAUUUUGUUGGAGCUGUAUGUAUCAAAGUAUUGACGUUUAUUAAUUAAUGGCAUUGGUUGUCGAAUGUGAAGAAGUUGAGGUGAUACUGUUUUUCUUGUUCUAUGUGUCCCAUCUAAGAAAGUACCAGUAAUAAUCACUGUGUUACCUGAAGUGACCAGUGUUGCCAAAAAUGCCUUAUUUUUUAAUGAUUAAUUUCUAUUUUGUCAUCAUUUGUUCUGUCUGGCAUUGAGAACUGUACAUAUACCUUGUUGUUAAUUGUUUCUUCCCCAUAUGGGUACAAUGUGUGAAGCCCAUUUCUGGUGUCCCCCGCAGUGGUAUUGUAAAACUAAACCCACUGUUAUUUCUUUCUAACUUUGAUGUAACUUUGUCUUUGUAUGUGUUUGUUUUGAUUGUAUCACAUAAAUGACUUCAAAUUUCU